AUGGCGGGUGCGCAGGCGGCCAGUGGCAGGUCCACGAGGGCGCUGCCACUGCCCGUGGGGGUCUUCAACCCGUUGAGCGCGCUGGGGGCAAGGGCCAAGGAUAUUUCUGAUGAGGUCGGCAACUUCGACGUGUUCGCGCUCGUGGGCACGCA